AAUGUCAGGCCAGGCCAAGACGAUCCGAGGCCGCACGUACAAUGCGAGGAGCUUUUGGAGGUCUCGGUCAGCUGCGCGGCCACUGCUCCAGUGGGUUGCACCGCCUAAGAGGAAAGAAGCGCAGGAAAAAAAACUGUGUCAUCCGGAGCUGCCGAGGAAAGGCGGCGCGGCGUCCUGAGCAGAAAAACAUGGACGGCCUGCUGCGAGAUCGCCUCACCAUGCUCGCCGCCCUGGGCACGGGCGUCGUCGUGGGCAUCAGCGGCAUAUACCUCUACUACCGGCUCAACCGUACCGUCAGCCGGGAGCUGAGCAGCCUGGCGUGCAGCAUCGCCGACCUCCGACGCGAGAUCGAGCAGCUGAGGACCGCGGAGAGAGGCGAGACGCCCGUGGAGUCCGAGUCGCUGCCCCUGCAGCAUUCCCUGCGCGAAGACGAAGAGGACGACGAGUAUUACGACUUCACCGACGUUGAGGAUGCCUCAUGGACAGGGCUGCGUGAAGCCGGAGACCCUGGGUGGCUCGAUACGCUCGAUGCCGAACUGGACCGGCCUGGGGACAAGCAACCACUGCUAGAUAGCAUGCUGGCUCGCGAGUCGCAGUAUUCCCGUUCGGCGGCUUUCUUCUGGCGGCUGGCCAAGGCAUCGCACCUGUGUGGUUUGCAGAUGAAGCCCGGACGUGCUAAGGAGGAACUCGCUCGUCAAGCGUUUGCCCGUGCCCAGCAGGCCCUGCGGCUAGACGAGUCCAGCCCCGAGGCGCACAAAUGGUACGCCAUCACGCUUGGCGCGCUGUCCGAGUACGUCGGCACCCAGGAGAAGAUUGAGAAUGGCUACCGCUUCAAGGAACACGUAGAUAUAGCGGUGCGACUCAAGCCCCAGGAUCCAACGCUGCAUCACAUGCUGGGCCGCUGGAGCCUCGAGGUUGCAACGCUGUCUUGGCUAGAGCGCAAGCUGGCUGCCGCCCUAUACAGCCGGCCGCCGGACUCGACUUCGCAGGAAGCACGGGCCCACCUUCUGGCGGCUGACAAGCUGAGGCCCGAGUGGAAGGAAAACCUUCUCUACAUUGCCAAGACGUACAUCUGCGAAGGGCAUUAUGGACCUGCCAUGGCAUGGAUUGACCGUGCUGCGGCGCUUCCUUGCGUGGAUCCCGGCGAUGACACCGUGCAAAAGGAAGUGGAAAACCUGCAGCAGCAGUAUCAACGAUACCGGCCGUGAACGAGGCUCAUCAGGAGACGUAUGCCCUGUUCAACCGCGGACGUGGUUGCCUCCACGCACUGAAAGCGAAAGUCUCCAGCGAGGAGAGGCAUUGAUCCUGUUGACCGUUCUGCGGAGCUAUACAUCCUGUUGUUGAUAUGCAACCAUGAGUUAACUUUUGGGAGUAGCUGAGGAAGGGUGCGAUUAGCGUAUUAUAACUUACGCGCUGCACCUGAAGAGUUUUUGUGUAAAACUACUUGCUCGCUAUUUACUACCCUUCACAAGUCCGGUGGUCACACCAAGAACAUUGCAGCCCUAUUGAGGUCUGCGCCAUGUGUGUAGGAGCUGAGACACCUGGCAGAGAUGAACCUCGACAUCUGCAUAGCGGCACAUCUUACAUCUGGUUUUGUUGUGGGAUGCGAGUUUUUGUCCCUACGUGACCAACGGCUUGGACCCAUGGUGUUGGGAAAGUCAACGAUAUAUAUGUGUAUAUAUAUAUAUAUAUUAAUCUGUUGCUUAGCUGAGGUAUGGGAUUCUAUUUCUGACGUGAUUAUAUGGGAUUAUAUUUCUUAAGCGACGUGUAGCUUAGAUUCUGUGCUUGUCUGAGAUUGUGUUAUUGCGUUUUGCCAAGCGCAUGUCGCUUUGCUGGGUACAUUCUGAAAUUCUUGUGCCACCUGAGGUGUAAAGAGCAGCAAAUUUCCACAGUAGUAAUGUGGCCACACUGUUCAUUAAUGCAUGGACUUUGGUGAGUAGGUGCAUAUCGCUUGACGUUCUAGCUUCAGCACAACAUGGAUGAAUACGUCCAGAGCAGCAACGCAAGACACUGCCUUUAACUGUUCAACGCAAACAGUUGGAUGUAGCACUUUCUGUUGUGAUCUUCUUUACGUAUCCAUCUUGUGACACACCGAAGCUACCGUGUUGUACUCUAGGCUUAUGUUUACACGCUCUGGAUAUUGACUCUCCUUACAAUGAAAAGAGGAGAGCCCAUAGUUACACCACGUAUUGCAGUAUUGACCACAAUUGCUGGACAAGAAUGUGGCGAAAACUUUUGAAGUAACCUGGGUGCUGGUUCACUUGGCGUUUUUCGUUCUUCUGUAAUUGUCGCAAGAACUUUUUUUUUCUUUGCUAAAUGUGACUCUUUGAUUACGCCCUUGAAAUGAGUCUUCACACACUACAUUAUGCUAAUAGAAUUACUUUAGUUUAACAAAAGUUGAAAUCACUUACUGUAGCAUGUACCUGCUAAUGGAAUUGUAAUCAAUUACAAUUAUAGCCUCACAAAUAGUAAUGGAGCAGCUACAAGAAACAUGCAGGUCUUCAUGACGUUUAUGUUGCUUGUCACAGCUUUAAAAAUUUAAUGUCAAUUGAAUCUUACUUCAAUUUUAUUCAAUCUGGAGUCCCUCACUAUGGCGUGCCUCAUAAUCAGAUCAUGGUUUUGGCACGUAAGGCUCCAUAAUUAAUAAAUUAGUUAAUGUCACCGUCCUUGUGAGAAUUGCACAGGUGUGACUGAAGUGCUUUCUUGCAUUAUCGUUAAUGCUCAAAUGUUUAGAUGUGUUACUUUUCAGAGUUCCCAAUGGUCAUUUUUCAAGGUUUCCUUCUAAGGACAUGGUACAGCACUGUGAAGGAUACAUCAAUGCACACAUUGAUUUUACGCUCUGCAUCUCAAAUUUUGUCAUGACAUUGCACGGGAAUGGUGUGGUUGAAUUCAGUUUUGUUCCCUGUAUUGCACUUUCAAAACUUAUUGGAAAUAGUGUCGACUGUUUGUUGCCAGCACAUCCACAUAUGCUCACCUGUAGCACUUCUCCGUGGCUGUACCACGAGAUGUAGCAAAAGGCAUGUCCCUUUUUUGUCAGCAUUGUGUGCUGCCAUGUGUUCAGAAUAGCUUUGCUUUCAAUGUAACUACUGAUCGACUAUCAAGACAAGUAUCAUGUGAUAGAAUUAUCGUCAAAAUGCUGCUUGUAGAAAGUAUCAAAUCCGCCCAUUGCGAAAUUGCGAAGAUUUGCAAUUGCAUGUAAUCAGCUACACGCCGCACAUUGUGUACAAUGCCGAGUGUCUGCAUAAGCAGCUCUUUGAUAUUGUAUCGCUAAAUGUGUAGUUUUGUUGGGCGUGAUGGAGCUAGUUUUAAUUCACUAUCGUAAUGAAUUAUUAUCAACAUACUUCUAGCAUAAAGUCUAAAAAGCAUAAAAUUUGUGAAUCGCAAAGUUGUGAAUAUGUGCAAUUGAUCGCACGUAGUCAGCUAUAUGGGACAUAUUGUGUACAUUUGAGCAUAAGCAUCUCUUUGAUAUCGCAUGACUAAAUGUGCAGCUCACUUGGGUUAUCAGUAUAAUGUCCUGACUGCAUCUCAAGGUUAACACUCCAGCUUGUUAUCAUCUGCUUACUGUAUUGUAACGGAUUCUGCCUUGGUAAUGAUGUAGAAAUAUAUUUCAACACACCUAAAAAGAAGAGCAACACUGCUGCAGCCAACAUCAAGCAGUGCCAGCUGUCUUGAUUCUCUGAAACAUGAACAAAGCAACUGUAGCGUAAUAUUGCCCGGCUUGCCUUUCCUAACGCCUGUGACCUGAUCAUUCCUUUACAUUCCCGGUGACACUGAGGUGGAAUACACAUCGAAGAUUGGGGUGGGCUUGUGCUAUGAGUGACAGUAGUAUCCUUGUGUGCUCAUGAGUUUCAUAAACGGCUAAAGUGUGCAGCCAGCCAAAAAUGAAGUGCUGUCAAAACCGUUGACAUUAACUCUUGUGUAGUCGAUUCCGGGUAGGGUUGCCAUCUGGCUUUCUUACAAUCGGCACAACUGGUUUAAUCCUUUGGAAUUCAUGUGCUCACGUUACCAGUUCAGUAUUUGGCAUGUCAAGAAUGAAGAGUUGCCAGUGAUGGGGAGGAGAGGUGUGAUGUCAGAGGUCACAUGAUCUGGAGGAGUCAGCACCAGAAACGGCAGAGCAAGUUGGUGGGAGUGAAGGAGGUGCCAUAGCUAACACGUUACAGCCAUUCUUGUAGCAUGAGAAGCAGUGAGGGCUUUUUGUGCUUGUGGUGCUUGUUCUUUCAACAUCCUGAGUGGCAUUUGCCAAUUAUUUAGUCACUUUCUGGUAAAGAACUGAAAAGCCAGUGCGAGGACUUCCCCCGCGUUCAGAGGGUGAAUCGAAGGAAAACAAACUUUCACUAACACUAAUUUUAAUAAAAGUGCAACAGCGAAUGAAAUUUGCCAUUGCAUUGUUUCUUUAUCCAAUGGCUGCAUUCCUGCGGGGUCCAAAUGUAUAAGAAUAACUGUGUGCUUAGAUUUAGGUGGAUACCCCGAGCCCACUAAAAUAAAGCUGGAGCACUCCACAGAGAAGUCUGUUGGCUCUCAUGUAGCUUUGGGACACACAUUCUGAGAAAUUAAUCACGCUGUUAAAGCUGCACUUUUGGCCGACUGUACGAUCUAUGUCUUCAUACAAUGAAAAUGCGAUGAAGCUGCUUACGAAAUGGUGAUCUGAAAUUGAGUUCGGUUCGUGAGUCACUGCACCUGCGAGAUUGCUGUGAGUGUGUCUUAUAUUUUGCUAAGGUUGCAGUAGAGAAAGUGUAACCAGGUCGUCAUUGAAUUUGCUCAUUUUAUGGAAAUAAAAUAAUGGGAACACCGUUUA